CCCAUCGUUCCGACUCGAGACUCCGAGACACAGUCAGUCUGGCCACAUCGCCCGUGGUGAUCGCAUCUGGCGUCGAAACGUCAUCUCUUCGCCUCCCACCAUCCGGCGCAUCUGUACGACGUCGCAAUACUUUAUAAGCAAUACGUUAAAAAUCACUUUACACGACUGGAUUACGCUGUUGCGAUGUGACUGUUACCCUGAAAACGCUUCAGUUGCUGUUGCCCUCCGAUUUCUAUGUAAUUACAGUGUGCGGAAACUUACGAGGAGGCGCGUCGCGCGAAAAGUUUUUGUUGCGGCUGAACUUGGGGGGAAAAUAGAUGGAAAUCUCUAGUGAUUUACAAGUUAAUUGUUCGACGAGAGUCAAUUUCCUUGAAGAGAUGUCCAAACUGUCAUGCGACUGACUGUCGACAAAAUCUGAACUGUUUUAUGAAGCUUUUAACGUCGCUGGCGAGGAUGCUUUCCAGAAUAAGAUAAAAUUUUUAUUAAAACGUCUAUACUGGAAUAAAUUAAUAAAUGAACUAAAUCAAGUGUUUUUAAGAUAAAACAUUCUAUUAAAGAAAAAUUCAGUGUGCUUGUGUUCAACAACGUGCAUCGGUCGAUCAGGAAGAACGUGUUCUACACCCACCCCUCCCCCUUACGAUCGUACCAAAUGCCUCUCCUGCAGUAACGCCCAAGAAUCAAAGCAGUUGUAGCCGAGCAGAAAGAAGGCAGCGAUCCGAGGAGCGAGACACCUCCCGGGUGCUUAGGCCGCCACCAUGAUCGUCCCUCACGUAGAAGUGGCAGACGGGGAGGUUCCUGAAGAUCAGAGGGAUGACCAAUGGUUGUUGUGCCACGGCGUGACACUACACGGCACCGCCAUGACGGACACGCAGCUCACGGUGCAGUGCGAGGGGAACGUCACCUGCACCCACCUGGACAGCAACCCGGGCGCCACCAUCGUUUCGCCGAUUCUCCUCAGCCUCAGCGGCGUUGCAGGUCAGAUCUGGGCGCUGUAUUACCUGUACACAACGACGCGACCCCAGCACUCGCGAACGGUGUUCUUCGUGUUGCUGAGCACUCUCAUCUGGACAGACCUCAUCGGGAAGAUCAUCACGACUCCACCGGCGCUGGUCGCUUACUCUCACGAAACAUGGGUCGGCGGGGUGCCACUGUGCAAUUUCCACGGUUUCUCCAUGAUGCUCAUAAGCUUGGUGACACAUCUCCUGGUCUCCACGAUGGCCGUCGAGAGAUUCAUCGGGAUCCGACACGGGUACUUCUACAACAAGAACAUCACUACCUCCAGGACAAAGGUGCUACUUCUCGGUAUUUGGCUCUUCAGCGUGUUAUUCUGCGCCAUGCCCCUCUUCGGGGUGGGACAGUAUGCCCUCCAGUACCCAGGUUCCUGGUGCUUCGUCAACAUCCACGUCUGCGAGGAGACGCCCUUGCACCAUCGCAUCUACACCAACAUCUUCGGCUGCUUCACUCUCAUCAGCCUGAUAGUGAUGGUAGUGUGCAACGUUGUCGUGAUAAUUGUCUUACUGGAGAAGACGGUUUCUCGCAAAGGCAACUUAUGUGAAGCCACUCUUCUGUGUCUCCGUCUGUGUCGACACCGCUGCACGGGAACCAAAUUCUCGGGUCCCCAGAGGAAUUCCAAGCACCGGGAACUCGAGAUGCAAAUGGUUCUCCUGCUGCUGGUCAUCACGAUCGUGUUCCUCAUUUCAUGGUCUCCGAUAGAUAUGAGGCUUUUCUUGAACCAGAUCUGGCCUCACAGUACAAGAGAAGAUCAUCUGAAAGACCUCAUUGCCGUCCGACUGACAUCUAUCAAUCAGAUUAUCGAUCCUUGGGCUUACAUCAUCUGCAGGAAAGUCUUCACCACGCGUGUAUGGCGUUGGCUAAGGAAGCCCCUUUUGGGACGGUCCUGGCUAUUACGGCGGGAGAGCUCAAGCCUGGCUAAUCUCGGCUCCAGGAGGAAAAUCUCGAGAACGCUGACUCCCGGGGAAAAGAAGAUUGAAUACAAGUCACCCUUUCACGACCAACCGGCGACGCCCCCCUCCCCGGUGCAGCCCGUGGCUUCCCAAGUGCGAGAACUCGAAGUCAAGGACAUCGUCGAGAUCUUCCGCGACUCCGGCACGGGAUCGAACAACACGCCCUCCACCUUCUGCAGCGACUCCGGCAACGGGAACAACAACAAUGCCAACAGUAAUCACCUUUACCAAGGUAUUGUCAUUUACGCCAUGGACGUCACAAAACUCGGGGUCGUGCCCAUACCCGUCUUCAUGAGCCAGCAGUACCGUGUAGGACCUCCUUCCGAAAAACACAACAACCGCCGAGUGCGCAGGAUAUGUUCUUCCGCAUCCGCCCGCUCGGCUUCCAACAGGCACAAGGAUUCUUUGAACAAUCCAAAUGGUGGCAUCCAGAACGGUCUCUCUCCCGAAGAAAUCAGCGGUCGAAGACACUCCUGGUGCUGUCCUCAGGACGCCCUUUUGGCAAAACACUACCGGACUCAGAGCACGCAGACCUUUAAGGGCGACAACUCCUUCCUGAACGGCCCACCACCCAAAGACCUCCUGAACGGCCGCGUCGCCCUGAGACCGGAGAUCAUCCUGACGGGAGAGAACUGCAGCAGCCGCGUGAUCAGCCCGAACCCGUACGGGACCUGUAACAACGACAGUUUCUACACGCCGCCAGACAACUACAACUGGAGCCAUCGCUGCGACUACGAGAGCAGCGACCAGUUCACCUCACAGUUCCAGAGCGAUUCGCUUCCAGACCCCGACGACGACCCCGUGUUCGUGGUCGCCUCCACUUCGGCCAGGUUGAAGGGCAAGGUCGGUGAGCCUGAGAGAGAAAACGUCACGAUAUUCAAUUUUAACAUUCACACGAGCACGCCCAUCCACAGAACCCUAGACAGUUAGUAGGUUCGUCGCCGGUGGCCUUUCUCUCUCUUGUACCUUACGGGCUGCAAAACUAUCAGUUUUAUAAGGUGGGCGUUUGCAAGGAGAUAAAGGAACGCCGUUUUUGAAAAGUUAGUGUCUACAUUGAUUAAAAGUGAGGAAAGGUGAACGAACCUUGAGCAGUGUUUAUUUCUAAACUAACAGAAAAAUCGGCGGUAAAUAAUUUUACAAGUGGCCGCGUCUGACGAGAAACGAGACUCGUUGAACGGAGAAAAAAUAAUCCUUUUCGAGGCUUUUUCUUUUUAUAACUGAAAGAGUGGUUUAUUUUUCCUUUCACUGCAGCUUUGUAAAGAUAUUAUAUAGUCUUGAAUUUUGAUACGUUCAAGCCAAAUUUAUGGUGCUUUAAAACGAAAAUAUACCUAAUGGAUUUACAUAUAUUAUUUCAGUGUCGCUGUAUUGUGAUAAACAUUGUAUAACUUACUGUUAGGUUAGUACUGACAAUCAUGUCUUGUGAAUAUGCCCACAGUUACUCCAAGGAUAUCUGACUAUUUUUCACUACAAAUAACUAUAAAUUUAUCAGCAUUUUAAAGCAUAUAUUAUAUAAAUGAAGAUGGAAAAUACUUAUUUCAGUAAAGCAAAGGGAAAACAGAAGUGUUAUAUUAUAGGUAAUCUACCCACCCUUUUCAAACAAUUCUUUGAAGAGGUGUAGAGACAACCCGAAAUAUAAAGCUGUUCUGCUCUACCUUUUUUUUAUUCAUAUAAACAUGUUCCUUCUUCAGUGUACCUGUUUUUACAAUUUUUGACAAAUUAAUAUACAUAUAUAUAUACAUGAAAGUAAUGUGAAAUUACUGUACAUAUAUAACUAGUAUAUCAAAAUAUAUACAUUUCUACUUGUGUGUGAAUCCAUUCACACAUAUAUUUGCUAUUACUACUAAUGUAAUCAUAGCCACAUACAUAAAUCUGUCGGGUAAUCAUUCUGUAGUAAUUUAAGAAUCAAUUAUGAAUAUUCUUAUGCGUACAAAUGACUAUCGUAAGUAAAGGCAAAGAUUGUUCUAGUGACAUACACCUGGCGACAAACACGUUCAUAUCACGCCAGUUUAUGAAGGUGAAUCUUUGCUAGGGAGUUCAUUAUAACCAUGCAUUUGGUUGUAAUGCUAUUAUCUAAUCCCUUUUCUAGUUAUUCUAGUUAUCCGCGGGCUUUUCGUUCUCCUAGUCGCAGUCUAAAACCCUCGUAUUACAGAAGUUGGCAACUGUUUCUUUCCCACUAAUACUGAACGUUACUUUCUGGUCUGGGCUAGAUAAAGGAACUUGGGCUGCCAGUUUCCAGUGGGCCCUUACUUCUGAUAUUAUACAUUCUGCAUGGAACUAAGCGACAUGUCACACACACAGAAAAUGCUGUCAUUUCAUAUCAGAUCAUAGCUUAAUCAGCGCGUAAGUGUAGUGAAUAUCGGUAGCUGUUUUGUAUGACCUGAUCUAAUUAACUGAUGCUUUGUCAUAUUAAGUACGUAAAUAUGUGGGUUUAUAAAUGAUUUAACUGCUAAACAGGUAUACACAUUUUAAUACAUAAUUUUGCACAUUCUGAGACGAAUGCAAAGUUGUGAGCAUUUAUGUUCAGUAAUGUGUAUGCGUGUUGUAUAUGGUGGUAUCUAUAUUAUUUUUAAAUAUACAUUAUAUAUAUAUAUAUAUAUAUAUAUAUAUAUAUAGAUAUAUAAUAUAUAUAUUGUCACGCUAUCUAGUCAUUGUAAUUUGUAACGAAGAUUCGAGAGUCGAAAACGUAUACUCUGUAAAGGCUCUAUAUUUGUUGUGCCAUUUCCAUAUUUGUAUCGGUGUUUUAUAUAUUCUGUGCCAUGUCUUCACGUGUGUCCGUCCGCCAGAAUGGUGCACUAGGAUAAUGUUCCCAUUUUUAUGUUCACAGCUUCAGGCGAGUUUCGAAAAAACCCAUCGCCAGAAAAAUGUUUUCUGAGAUCUUUCAGCACCUUACAGGGAAGCAUAAUUGCACACGAUAGCAACUAAAUUUUUCUCUUGACGAAAACUUUAUUAGUCACGUGUUUUUUUUUUUUAUCUGGGUGCCGUAACACAAGCCUAAUUACUUCAGCUACGUCAUCAAUAUUUGCUACUUUUACCUGCAAGAUGAUGAAAGAUGACAGAACAAAUGCUCGUCCUAACACAAGUUUUUAAUCGUCUUUUAUUUUUCUUUUAGAUGACGUCUUCACGUCAUUAAAAACUCGCUAGUAGUGAUUCACUUUAUUUUUCUUUCUUGUCUUGUAUUCACUGGAGAUCUUCCAAUCUUAUGUUGCUUCUUAUCAAAGCAUUUACCACUAUUAUGAUUCAUUUUUGGUGUAUACAUAUAGUACAAACGAAAGGUAAUUUUAAGGUUGAAUGGAAAAUAUCAACAAAGCAGAAAAAUUUUUUUCAUCGCAUUUGAAGAAUUCCUUUGACAAAAUAAGAUCGCCAAGAAUUUACUGGAAUGAGAAUUAGCAUAGUUUCCUCGGGACUUUUAUUUUCUUUGUGAAAAUACUUAAAGAUAUUUAUCGUUUGAGACAUCUACGAUGAGUUCUUGAAAAUGAAAGAUAUUCUUCCUAGGCUUUUUUUUUUCUUUUAACCAGGUAUAAAGUUAGCUUUUCCAGUUAAACGCCUCCCAUGGUUCUAUCACUGCCAUUUUGGAACUGCAAAAGUUUAUAUAUUGAUAAGAUUUGGAUUUAUUAUUUUUUUCUUUUUUAAUUAAAGAAAACCCCGAACGACCAUUACAAUUUUUUUUGAAGUUACUGCGGCUUUCCUAUACGCGUUGUCACACGAGAUGUUUUCCGGAAUAACUUAAUAUUUUUCAGACAAACUUUAUUCCACGUUCCGAAAACUGAUGGUAAAACAAAUCCAGCAUGUUGUUGCUACGUGACGCCACAUGAACGACCGUGAGAAAUGUAAAUUUUGCCGUUGGUGCUGGCUCCUACAGUACCGUGUUUGUCACAGGAAUGCUAAGGAGAUGCACUUUAAGGGGUACUUUGUAAAAUGGAUACUUUGUCAAAGCUUAAGGAAAAAAACUCACCAUAAUGUAAAUAAGAGUCUGAAUUACCUUCUGAGUUGUUCGUAAAGUCAAGAUUUCUGCCCCAAUCUUCAGUCUUUAACCUGAAAACUGAAAAUAUUUCAGGUAACUUAACCUUUGGUCAUACUUAAAAUAUUACAUUGAUCAGCUAAAAGCGUUAUUUUUCUAACAUCAAAGCAGUUUUAUCGGUGUUUAUCACCAGAACACCGCUGGGCGUAAAAUGAGGUUUAUCCAUAAACUUAGGUUGUGCAAUGGCUAGGAUUUGAAAAUCUAAGUCAUAGAAUUUUUCCGAGUUGGUAUUUUGUCAUUUUUCAUAAAUAUCUGUCAAAUGUCAGUACGUCUAGGUCAGUGCCAUGCUUUGUUGUUUGUUUGUCAUUGCGUUCAAAGUUUAUGUACAUUGUUUUCAUGGCAGAAAGUCGUGAAACACUUUAUAU